AUGGACGACCUUGUAGGAAAGCCAUCCAACGACCGUCACGCUUCCAACUUCCUCAAACGCAGCGCCGGCAAGGAUCACUUGAGAUAUCUACAUUUCCCCGCAAACAACAUGAAGUGGGUCGAGGACGUUAUGUCGCUCUAUUUUAGAGAUCCCGAGACUGGCUCCGAGGAAAAUACAAACCACAAGCAACGGACACACUCAGACACGGUGCUUCGGAACGAGUACUGGAAGGGCCGAAUGCACGGCAGCCAUGAAUCCUCCAUUCACGCGAGACACCUUCGCCCUCUUUGUGAGCUGGUCUCCUCUAACCCAAAGGAGGCCGAGCAGUCUCCAAGAAAUGUAGUUCUUUUUAUGCCCAUCCUUCAUUGGGAUACCGACCGAAAGGCCCAGACUUUCUCUAAAGUGAUUGAUAAUCUUGUUGGGAAACACAAUCUGGAGAUCGAACAAGGCGAGUGGGAAGCGGCAGAACGUCGACGAAAGGACAGAAUGGUCGACCAAUCAAGCCCCUCAAAGCAGACGCCAAAAAGAUGGGACACAAUUCGAAAUAUUGACACGCUUCCCGGGGCGGUGAUGGCAUAUUCAAAGAAGUACCCUCUCAGAAAAUCUAAGAAUCUCAAGCUGACAAGGGACAAGUUCGGACGGCUCUUGUUUCCUAAAAAACCUCUGGCACAGCUCCUCUAUGAUGCCUCCAGAUUAGUUGAAGAGAUGGAUAAUUACAGGGACAAGAUGAUGCUGGAGAAGUAUCUAUAUCACGAAUCCCCAAUGCACCCUCGACGGACCCUCGACCAAGCGUACUACCAUUCGGUGAAAAGUACCAGGAACAGGGACCGUGACCAAGUUGUGUACCGAGAAACUACGCCUAGGGAAGACGCACUUCAUCAAUGGAAAACUGAGGGGAACGAGGUCCACUGGAACUGCCAUGAAAAGGGCGACUUCCCGAAAACAAACCUGACGUCUUUCGAGGUCCCGAAAUUAGACGCUAGAAGGUAUAGGAUUCUUAACCGGAGAUGCCACAAGUGUGCAUCCGCCAAACGCCACACAGAGAAUUGGAAGGGGGAUAUAGAAUGUCCGCCAGAGGACCAGGAUACCUCCGAGGAUGAAUCGCAACCAGAUGACAGCAGUAGCCAGAAAAAGCCUGACGGACACCGCUGCAAGUUCUGCAAGUCUGAAAUAUUCGGAUGCAGCUGUAGGCCCAUUAAGAUCCUCAACGAGGACGGGGACGAGGUGGAUCUGAGUGCCACCUCGGCAUCGGCGCGGGGCCUGAGGUGCCCUCGCUGCCUCGAAAACAUUCGAAAACUAUCAAGGCUGAUCAUGGUGGACCAGCUCUGGAUGUGGAUCUUGGAUGAUAACACCAUUCUCACCUUCUUUCCAAAGAGAUAUGGCGUGAACAAGCAAGACGCAUCAGGGGUACACAAGUCCAUCCGUGAGCGUGUCAAAGGGGCCAGAAACAAUCAGAUCAAGACUGUUUAUGACCUGGCACUCAUCAUUCUCAAUGAGUGCACGAGAACGAUUUUCGAUGAAACAAGGACCAAAGACAGACGGCCGGCUGUUCUCGACAUAUUUUCAAGGGCAAUUGGCCGUGUUACACACAAGCAAACUCUUGCCUUCAAUCACAUGUGGGAGUCAGCAGAGAAGCUUCGCCGCGUGUCGCUUGCCCCUGACUCACACCAGCAUGCGAAUCUCUCGGAGCUUCACAUCCCUCUUCUCAACAUAACGCCUGAGGGGAUGCUUCAGAAGGAGAUCAGGGACAUUCUAGAUGAGCUUGGGAUAAUGCUACACCUCGUGAAUGAACAGAAGCGAGUGAUCGAAAAGUUUAUAGCUAAUGUUGGCACUAUAAUCGGCGAUGGAAAGGAUGGCGCCCAAACUACAGGCCCCGACAAGCCAAGUCCAUCCCAGUGGUUUGAAAAAUCAGCAACCAGGCUGUUGGCAGACACGGACAGCCGCCUCAGGGAGUUGGAAGGAUUGAAGGGGAGUGCUCUCAGUACCUCGGAAGGGCUCGACUAUCUUUUGUCCCUGAAGCAGCAACAAGCUAGCAUAAUCCAAGCUUGGCAAUCAAUUAGACAUGGGGAAGAGGCUGUCAAGCAAGGACGUGCGAUUAUGGUAUUCACCACGAUGACGAUCCUAUUUCUUCCGGCCGCAUUUAUUGCUGGAGUGUUUGGCAUGAACAAUCCGGAAUUAGAUCCAGACCCUACUAGGAACAAUAAACCGGUCACAAUAGCUUUCCAACUACAAGUUAUGUUUGGCGUCACGGCUGGUAUUAUCCUGCUCGUCUGCAUUCUCGCAUUCAGCGCCUUCGUACGGACAUUCCUUUGGUCUAUAUACCGUGAAGGAACUACGUGGAUACUCAUCAGAUUCGGGAUAUAUCGGUUCUGGCUUCGAUGGGGCCAGAAUUGGAGCAGCGACAACCGCUGGAAAGCUAUAGAGUAUAAGGUUAGGGAGCAGAAAUCAAAUGAGAGGAGUGCGGCGCGGAAACGAUUUGCGCGAGAGGUGGACGCUACUAAACACCUCAUGGCUAUUCGGGAGAAGAAAAAGGCUCGCCGCAAGCAAACUGCUUGA